AUUUUCAUACUUUUCAAGACGUAUAAAGGAACAGGUUUGAAGGUGUUUUAGUGAUUAUAACGUGAAAAUUUUUAUAUACUUUAAAACAUGGCAUCACCCACAGAAUCCUUUUCUAAAAGAUACAAAAUCAGCCUGAAAGCUUAAACAGAAGUACUGUAAGGAAAGCAUCGAUGAAAUAUGGCGUCGUACAAAGCCAAACUUCCUAAGCCGAGAUACAGCAACUGGUUGAAGGCAGGACUUGCUUUAUUGAUUACAAAAGAAGGACUUACCGAUUUUGUGUACGACGAAAUCGAACAGUUUCAGAUAAAAUGUCUGGCAGAUAUUUGCGCAAAACAUGGACUUCCUCCAAAUACAACUUGUAGUAGCUGUUCUACAGUGGCAGUAUUAGUAUGUCCAACAGCCGGGAUAUGCAAUAGAAAAUCUGGUACUUGUACAUUUCAUAACGGCAAUUAUUAUCGGAUGUGUCCAAACCAAGUAUGUGAUAGAUUGAGACAAGCUAUUACUAAUGCCCACCGUUAUCCACGCCCAUCUUACAAGAACACAGACGCAACCAAGUGGUGUUCCAGUGCAUGGGAGGUAGCUAAAUGUUACAUGCCAGCCGACGGAUACAGUCAUGCAAUGACCGCAGCAGAGACGGACUUUAACGGAAUACUGAGUGUCAUCCUUAACCAUAAGAGUUUCCAGAGUAAAAUAUCUGACGAUUUGUCCAACAAAAGAGGAAUCUUUGUUCAGGCCCGCGAAGUUGGCCGCGACAUACGACAUUCGUCAGAUUUAGAACUGGAUACACCGACGUUGAUGAAUUAUUUCACGAUUCUAGAAGACCUGCUCUCCGAUCCCAAGUUCCUUCAGCAUAACCAUAAGGCACAAACUGCACUUGGAAUGUUAAAGCAGCUCAAAAGCAACACACUGGUCGUCAGAGCCGAUGAUUUAGAGAAAGUGUUGAGAGAUGCCGCUUCAGUCAUGCAAAACAAUAUCGUUGACGAGGCUGAUAAACGUAAGCAAGACAUUUUAACACAAGUAACAAAUGCUUUAAGUUCUUUACAAUCAAAGCAAGAUAACUGCCUCGAUGCAGUGACAACAGCAAUGAUGUCUGCCACAGCUUUGAUACAGUCGACAGCUGAAUGUGCGGAGAAAACUGUAACAGACCUAUCAAAGACAGAAGGAGACAAAUUGUCAGAGUUAGGAAGUGAACUGAGAGCUGAAGUAACUGAUUCGAUAGAACGAAAACGAAUUUCAGCGGAAGAAUCUUUCGAAAAGUUUGCGACAAAAACUAUUACAGAUUUGUCAAAGACGGAAGGAGAGAAAAUGUCAGAGUUAGGCAAUAAACUGAGAACAGAAGUUCAUGACUCGAUAGAACGGACACGAAUUUCAGCCAAAGAAUCUGUAGAAAUAUUUGCCACUAAAACUGUCACAGAUCAAGCAAAGACGGAAAGAGACAAAUUGUUGGACAUAGCCAACAAAGUUAGAACAGAGGCUCUUCACGCGAUCGAAGAAGAAAGAACUUCGGCUGAAAAUACUGUUCAAAAGGCUGCCACAGAAAGUAUUAAAGAUGUGACCGAAUUAACGGAGAACAAAAUGAAGUCCUUCAUACAAACAGCAAAAACAGAAAUAUCUGAUAUCUCAGUGUCUGAGCAACAGAAAUUGAGAGAUACAGGACACAACCUUAUAAGAGCACUUGAAGAGACUGGCGGUAGUGUAAUCAGAGCAGUAGAAAAUGAUAAUGAUGCAGAAAAAAUUGCGAAAUUUCGGGAAAUAAAGAAAGCUCUUAAAGAAGACUUGAUAGAGUUUAACAGGAGUGAAUACAGCACCCUUCCACUGUCGCCUUUAUUUGAAGAAAAUGAUGCACCUUUAACAGAGUUUUAUGUUACACCGACAAUGUAUGUCCAUCGUUCAUGCGAAUCGCCAAACGACCAUAUCAAUCUGAAAGCCAACCGCCGCAGUACUGACAAAAAUAAGGCCAAUGUCAAAUCUUACAAAGAUAUAUUUUAUACAAAUUCUCAAAUGCAUCGAAAUAUAUACGUAACAGCUCCAGCUGGAAUAGGAAAGACUUCAUUCGCGAAUCACAUGACUCUGACAUGGUGUCAGUCGCACGAUAACCAAACAACAAACGAUGCAUUCUUUCAGAAAUUAGAUUUAGAUGCUUUAGAAAUGUUCGAAUUCCUUUUCUAUCUUCCCCUUAGAGACAUUAGGCAAAGUAAUUGCGACAUCGACAACAUGAUAACAACUCAUAUCAUUGACCUAUUACCGAGGUCAUAUUUGUUCAAUGGGGAGUUUCUUCAGAGAGUUUUAUACGAAGAAAAUCAUUUCGUCGUAUUGGAUGGCCUUGAUGAAUGGGCACCUAAUCCACAGUGUGAAUUAUGUACAAAAAAUGCAUUACCGCAUGGAAAAAUUCGACAUAAAUGCAUUCGUCUUACAACUACACGCCCAUGGAAAUUAGACUAUCUAAGACUCAAUUCAGCUAAAGCCGAUCAACAUGUUGAAAUAGCAAGUCUUUCUGAGCUUUCAGUGCAGUCAGAUAAAACUGCUACACUGUCAGGAAAGUUAGCAAACAAGGUUAUUUCUUACUUGAAUGGCAAAUUUCAAACCAGUAAGUCAGUCGAGGCAUUUUUUAGUUUGCUUGACGAGAAACAAUUAUGGAAGGUAAGCGAAGUUCCUUUAAUAGUACUGCAGUUGUUGUGUUUGUGGUAUGACGGGGAACAAUUAGGCGAUUCUCAGUGUCAGAUUUAUAGUAAUAUGAUAAAUCUCUUGUUUGAACGGCAUGCACGUGGCUCUGAUGUACAUGUAAAUGACAAUACACAAAAGCUGCCAUUAUGCUUCGACUCUAAUGCUGAAUGUAAAAAAUACUCCAAACUUCUUAUAAAACUUGGAAAAUUAGCUUUUGAUAGACUGUGCAGUUUCAAUCAAGAACAAGAGCUGGUGUUUGAAAGAACUGUAGCGCUAAACGUUUUGGAUGAAAAUGAUCUAGAUAUGUGUUUAAAGAUCGGAAUACUUACACAAAGUAAGCAUGUCGAUAACAAAUUAACUCGAAGGAGAUCAAAUGUUUCAUUUCUCCAUAAAACGUAUCAGGAGUUCCUUGCAGCACUCUAUGUAUCGAACAUUGAAGACGUCGAGGAAACCCAAAUAGCCAUAUUCAAAUCAGGUUUCACUGUGCCGAAAAUAUUAGGGUUUGAAAUGUUGUUCACAUUUAUGGCAGGCUUAAAUUCAGAUAUAAUGCCAGUGCUUCUAAGGUCAUUGGUCUCAUAUAUUUCAAAGGAUAAAAGAACAGAAGAAUAUAGGCGAAGUGUAGAUUCUUCUAUCUUUCUUCAGUUUAGUUUCGCUGACGACUAUUCGUACAAUGGCUUAUUUGAUGAUCAAAUGCGCUUACUGAAAGACAUACAAGAUAUAGUUGUCAUGUGUUCAAUAGAGUGUACGGCAAAUAAAAAGGAAAUACUUCCAAACCUAGCAGAGGAUGUCUUUUUUGAAAGUUACAACUCUAAGGAAUACCUUUUUACAUUGAAACAACUGGUUUUAAAUAAUUCAGACAAUGUUGUAUCUUUAUCAUGUAAUAUCUCUGUCACAAAUGAAACGCUAUGGGCAUAUGAAAUAUUACAAGACAUAUUAAAGUCAAUUACGUCAUUGCAGAAGCUUUCGGUGUGCCAUUCCUGGAGUAUAAAAUGCGACAAUGUAAGCGACAGUAGCGAGUACACCGACAGUGAAGAUGACAGUGACAUUGAGGAAAUCGAUCUGGAGAAAAUCAAAAAUAUUUUCUGUGAAGAAAUCUACCAAGGGAAAAUCGGGAAUGUUAAAUUGGAUGAAAUCGAAGUAGAGGAAAUUAGGACCCCAAAGUUUGAGGACAUCGACCGGAAGAAAGGUAGAAAUGUCGCCAGGGAAGACAUAGACAGAAGCAAGUUUAAGAACCUCAGCUGUGAGGAAACCGAUCAACAGGAAGUCGACUGGGACGAAACCGCAUGUGACAGUUGGGACAUCAUCCCUGGGGACACUGCUAGUAGGGACACUGGUUGUGAUAGUAAAUGCAGUUUUAUAAUUGCUUUUGUAUUGAACCAGUUACUAUCAAGGUCUAUAAAGACAAUGAAAUCUAUUGAAAUUAAUACAGACUAUUUCUCCUGUUUACAUUUUAGUGUACGUGAACUGCAAGAGUUUCUUGAACAUAUUUCUAACAUGGAAGAGAUAGGCCAGGUCAGUCUGGAAUCCUUACAUUGUUACGGAGAUAUGGAAAGGCCUUUAGAUUUUAAAACAGUCAGGCUUAAGAAAUUAGAAAUACUUAAUAUAUCUAGUAUGCCGUACAUGAAAUUAAAGGGUUUACAAAACUGUCAUAAUUUGAAAAUAUUGAAUGUUUCUUCGGGGGCAAUUAAGUUUCAAAUUCCUAAAAACAGUAUACAAACACUUAUUAUACGAAAAAUAUCUAUGUCUCACAGUUCCGUGAAAAGAAUGUUGAAAAAUGUAUCGUUUGCUUCAGAACUUACUCAUAUUGAAAUAGACGCUAUUGAAUGCAUCGACCAUGAAGAGAAUUGCAGAGGAUUUGACUUAACUCUAAAAUCUCUCACACAAUUUUGUGAAGUUUCAUUGACAGGUUUGACGUUAACAAAACUACAGUUGAAUGAAAAGACUAUAACUCUCCUAGAAAUGAGUGAUAUGUGUAUGGAUUUGAAACUAAUGGGGAUUAUUUCUGAAUUAAAAUGCAUACGUAAGCUAAAAUUGAAGAGAAUCGCCUAUAUAGGCUGUGAUUUUUUUCCGAGUUCAUUGUGUAUUUUAGAUCUGUCUAAACUGGAACAAUUGCAAACGUUAUGUUUAAAACAAUGCGAUAUUGCGUUGAAAGGGUUUGGAAAAACUAGACAACUUCGCAAAUUCGAAUUCGGUGAAAUAAGAUAUUUGACACACUGCAAAAUUAUGUGUAAAAUACUUCCAACAGCACAAACAUUGAAGGAAAUCACUUUCACUAACAUUAAUGAAUAUGACUUUGGAAUACCUGAGUUGGUACUGAAAGCUGUUUCAAAUUUAAAAAAGCUUCAGAACAUUAAACUCGCGUUUGUCUCCGUCCCAGAGAAUGCUCUGGGCUUUAUAUCAGACAUGCAUGAACUGGAAAAGUUGGAAUUUAUAUCUGUAAAAAUGUCAGCAGCAUCGUUUCAGAAUUUGAUAAGAUCGCUCAGUCAGCUUCAACAGUCGGUAGACCUUAUUCACUUCGGGAGCAGCAUUGAGCCCUUGGAAGAAUAUAAACAAAUUUUGGAAAUGCUUCGGUCAUCUGAUUUAUUUGAGAUUUAUGAAGAAGAAGAGGAGAGGUCAAGCAUAUAUGAUCGCAUUACCAAACGGGAAACAGGUCCAUAGAGUACAUACGAAUAUCAAACUUGAGGAUUUUAUCAUCGAAGAACGACUUGCUAAGGCCUUCAACAAUAAUGGAGGUUAUGGGUUUGAAAUGUGUCAAGUAAGUAAGUUAAAGUAAGCCAAGUUAGUCUGUUGUGUCAUGACUACUCAUCUCUCACCUUGAUGUUUUAUGUUCAGUGACUAUUUAGGACAUGAGUUAUUGAUGUACCUUCCGUUGAUUUGACAGCCAUAUAUUGCUUUGUGUAAUUAAAAUUGACGCAAAUCCCUACA